AUGGGAGAGCACGCAGGGGCAGGGCGCCUCCGAUCGCCUUCCAUUCUUUACGUUAGUCUACUUGCUGUUCUGCUAGCAGUAUGUGUUGCUUCGACAUCAGUCGGCGCGCAGGCCAUUUUCCAAGAUCAGGCCGCCAAUUUUAAAUGGUACGAGCAGAACAUCGGCUUGGUGCAAGAUGCCCACUUCCCGGCAGGAACAUCCAAGACCGCUAUUCUAUCCACCGAGGCUGGCAUCAUCACCUCUCUCAAUCUGCGCAACAACAAAAUCGCAUGGAGGAACCUCCUGCCCAACAAUGAGGCCGCCGAAGUCUUUGUGACAAGCGAAGACGGUCACGUUGUGUUCACUGUGAGCGGCAACGGCAAGCAUGCAUCGCUGUGGAACGUGGUCGAUGGUUCGCUGUUGUGGAGCCAGGAUCUCUACUCCUUCGCUGACAUGACCGACGAGAAGCUCGCCGCUAUGCAGCAGGACAAGGACAUCCUCGUGUCGGCCAAGUUCAUCAAGGACCUCAACAACGAUCGGGCGGAUGAUCUCCUCGUCGCUAUCUACGAUCGGGUUCACCUCUUGUCUGGCAAAGGUGGCGUCACGUUGUGGUCUUGGACCGCUCCCAAUGAUGGCAAGGUGCACCAGGCCUACAUAGCUCGCGUUAAGCGUAGCGUUAGCCUGGUCGUGCUGGGCACCACCGAGAAGGAGAAUGGAAGCGAGUACUUUGUGGCGCUGCUUGACCCCGCCACCGGAAAGCCGACUAGCGAAGACGGACCCUUCCCCGUGUCCCUCCCUGCGACCGCCAAGCUCGGCAAGCUCUCUGACUGCGUGUGGGUGGGCAGUGCGAGCAUCCUCUUCUGCUUCGAUGCCAACGGGAAGGACCUGUGGCAUGCCGGCAUCGAUCCGCUUCACCCUUUCGGCCUCGAGUUCAAGAGGUUCCCCUACACGGGCGGCUUCGAAGCUGAAGAGCUCGAGGGUCCCAAGUCGAUCAUCGGCUACCCCAGCGGUCUCAUCGUCCGCGUGUCCAACCGCGACAUCAUCUAUGGCAUCAAGGGCCUCGCCAUGGGAACGGUUCACCAAUACCCCAAGGAAAAGACCCCGCGUACCUAUGGCUCGUUCGUUCGCGUUGAGAAGAGGCCCGGCUAUGAGGGCGGUCUUGAGGACAUGGAGGUGACGUAUCUCGCUGCCGCGAGCACCACCGAGGCUGGCAUCACGAUCGAUAUCAUCGAUUGUGACGCCAGGAAGGUCGUUCACGUCAUCAACGACGAGUCCAUCACCACCGCCGACCACGGCUCCGUUUUCCCCAACGUGAUUCCCAAGAAGGACGGUUCCUUGCAGUUCCGAGUGCUGGUGGUCAGCCAGGACCACUCGCUCUCUCUCGCCUCCGGCGACAAGUUCCUGUGGACGCGUGAGGAGGCCUUGGCCGGAAUCGCGCAAGCCGAGAUAAUCGAGCUCCCCGCCCCGCUGGCUCUGCGCGAGGCGCUGCAGAAGGAAUUCGGAAACGAGGAUACCGUCGUGAGCGUGCCCAUCAUCGGUGACUUCCUCAAGAGGAUCAGCGCCGAUGCUCAUCAGCUGCUGACUCUGCUGGGCGUUCUCGGUGAGAAGAAGGACGGUGCCGGAGAGGGUCACCAGGGCGAGAACGACGAGGCGCUCACCAAGGACAGGUUCGGCCUGCGCAAGCUGGUGGUCGUCACCACGCAGUCGGGCAAGGUCUACGCGCUCCACUCGACCGACGGCUCGAUCGCCUGGUCCAAGUUCGUUCGCGACUCCACGCCCCUGAGCCUCUUCCUGUCCCGCUCGUCGUCCCACCCUCCGCCCAUCGGCGUCAUCGUUGCCCGUGAUACUACGAGUGGAGCUGGCCGCAUUCUGCAGGUGAAUCUGCUGACGGGCGAGGAGGUGGAGGACGCCACGACGCUCGACCACGCCGUCAAGCAGUCGGUCGUGCUGCCCUACACGGACUCGACCUUCCGCCACCCGGUUCUCGUGCUCGAUGCCGCCAACCAGGGUCACAUCGUUCCCGACACCCAGGAGAACCGGAACCUGGUGGCUGCGAAUGCAGACAAGAUCCACAUCUACCUGGUCGAUAAGGAGAAGGCCAGCGUCGAGGGCUACGGCAUUGACGGCGACAUCACCAAGCCCAUGACGCUCCUCUGGAACGUUGUGGAGGCCAUUGCGCCCUCGCGAAGCUUGAGCGUGGGUCUGCCCGUGCUCAUCCGCGGAGACAACUCUGUCACGCCCAAGUACCUCAACAAGAACCUCCUGGCCGUUGCCACAUCGUCGUCGAACACCUUCGUCUCGUCUACCAACAAGCGUGUGCUCGAAACGACGGUUGGCAUCUACCUCAUUGAUACCGUCACCGGCGCCGUUGUCUUCCACACCUACCACAAGAACGCCCAGGGUCCCGUGAACCUGGUGCAAGGCGACAACUGGGUGGUGUACCACCUGUGGAACAGGAAGCUGCACAGAUUCGAGAUGAGCGUGCUCGACCUCUUCGAGCCGCAGAUGAACUGGAAGGAGACCACCUUUUCCGCCCGCACCGCUCCGCUGCCUCAGGUGGCGUCCCAAUCGUAUGUCUUCAACAGUGGUAUCAAGGCCAUGGCCACCACCAACACCGCCCGCGGUCUCACCCAGAAGCAGAUCAUGGUGGGAAUGAGCUCGGACCGACUCCUCGGCAUCGACAAGCGAUUCGUGGACUUCCGCCGGAAGCCCAAGGAGUUGCUCACCGAUGACGACAAGAACGAAGGCGUCAUUCCCUACAUGCCCGAGUUGCUCUACCGCGCCUCCGACAUUUUGAAUCAGAACAACACCAUAUUCGGGCUGCGAGGAAUCCAGACGGCGCCGACCUACCUGGAGUCGACCUCCCUCGUGUUCGCGUGGGGCGUGGACCUGUUCUACACGCGUGUGACACCGUCGGGCGCCUUCGACAUGUUGAACGAGGACUUUGAGUACUACCCGCUGCUGGCCACGGUAAUCGCCGUGGUGGUGUUGACGGUGGUCACGUCGUUCCUCGUCGCCAGCAAGAAGCUUCGAGAAGCCUGGCAGUAA